UUUUUUUGUUUUGACCUCGCCAUCAAUCGUUCGAAACAAAAAAAAGGUGAUUUUUCAACAUCCAACUUGAUUUGUUUCCAUUGAAUUGGAUUUUGCCGAUCAUAAUGAGUGGAACAUUAAGAUUUUGUAUACAAAGUUUUGUAGUGAAAAAUCCUUUUACAAAACAAUUGCCAUCAUCAUCGAUUGCUGUAUUAAAUAAUCGUAUAGCAAAUUUAUUUACGGUUGCUAAUCAAACACCGGAAAAUGGAUUUAUUAAAACCGAUCCAUUCCCAUAUAAAACUAAACGUUAUACUAGGCUUCAUGUUUCUAUGCCAUUUUUGGAUCCAACCGAAGUUCGUAUGAAUGCUAAUUCAAAAAUUAUCUGUGUUGAAGGUAAUAUUGGUUCACGUAAAGAUAAAGUUUGUGAAGGUAUUGCUAAAGAAUUUGGUUUUCAUUAUAUGCCUGAACCAAGAAUCGAUGAAAUAUAUAUUAAUCAAGAUGGUUUUGAUUAUCGAACAUUAAAUCAAUAUAUACAUCCAAAAUUGCAUGCAAUUGAUGAAAAAAUGUAUUAUGAAGAUCCUAAUCAUCCGGCUGUACCAUGGAUGAAAAUAUUUUUCUAUAAAAUUCGUUAUCAACAAUAUAUUGAUGCAUUAGCACAUAUGUUUAAUACAGGACAAGGUGUUGUUUUAGAACGUUCACCACAUUCGGAUUUUGUUUUUGCCGAUGCAAUGCAUAAAUGUGGAUUUCUUCCCAAAGAUGCUUAUGAUUAUUAUUUUCGUUUACGUUAUGAUACAAUUGUUCAAAUGAAACGGCCACAUCUUGUCAUUUAUUUGGAUACGGAUGUUGAUGUUUGUUUGAAACGUAUUAAGGAAAAAGGAAUUCCCUAUCAAAUUAAUAGUAAAGUUUUAUGUAAAGAAUAUCUUGAAGAAAUUGAAAAUUCAUAUAAAAGAAAAUAUCUGGAAGAUGCGGAUAAAUAUUCAGAAUUAUUAGUGUUUAAAUGGAAUGAACCAACAUCAUUAAAUGAAAUGAUAUUAGCAAUGGAAAAUGUAAAUCUUGAUGAUUGGGAUAUAUUUGGUGAUAAAUUUCGUGAUUGGAAUUUUUAUUUUACAUCAAUAAUGCAUGAAUCAAGAUAUCGUUAUACAAGUGAAAAACAUGAUUUAAUUGCAUCAUUUACCGAUACACUUGUUUAUGAUACUGAUAGUCUUGAAUUGGAUACUAAUGAUUAUGAACAUCGUGAUAAUGUUUAUAAAAGUUUGGUACCCAACUAUGGACAAAUACCGAAAACAUCAUUAAAAAAUGGUUUCCUUAAAUCGGCAUUCUCAUUGCCAUCACGUCGUGAAGAAGAAGAUUUUUGUUUAAGAGCACCAUUCUUAUAAUUAGAAAAAAAAAUUUUGUAAAUUUUAUUUUCAACAAACAAAAAACGAAACAAAACAGAACAAAACAACAAAAAAAUUGAUUAAG